AUGGCUGCUGCUGGUGUCGUGGUGUCCACUCACCGGCGGUGUCAUCGACAUCUUAUGUGGCCAAAUAGCCUGUCAUCUGGAUGCAGCCAGGAGAGCGGCGGGGAGUUGGGCGGUUUCCCUGCUACUGCCGCGGCCGCAGCGUUCGCCGCCGCGGGUGGCUCGGGCGGCGCGCCGCCGUCACUAGGCUCGUCCAUGCAGGCCGCCGCCGCCGCGUACCACCUCAAGAACUCGGCGGCGUCUUCGCCGUACGCCGCCGUCAACAGCAUCGGUCUGAUGGACUCGUUGCAGACCAGCAUGGGCUGUUACCCAACGGCGGCCGGUCAGAACUACCACCACCAUCAUUCCACCACGUUGUCCCUGUUCAAUCACCUCGGCAACCCGAGAAAACAGAGACGUGAACGAACAACAUUCACCCGGACGCAGUUGGACGUGCUGGAAACAUUGUUCGCCAAGACUCGAUAUCCAGACAUAUUCAUGCGCGAAGAGGUUGCCCUGAAGAUCAAUUUGCCCGAAUCCCGAGUACAGGUGUGGUUCAAGAACCGGAGGGCUAAAUGCCGGCAACAGGUGAAACAGAACCAGCAGCAGCACCACAACGGCACUGGAACGGACAAGACGGCGUCGUCGAGGAACAACAACUCGGCCGGCAACAACGGCCAGAAAUCUUCGGGGAAAUCGUCCGGCGGCGGGGGCAACGCGCCUGUCAACAACAACAACAAAAUGUCGCCGACGAUAAACGGCGGUGUCGGCGGUGUGGGCGGGGGCGGCGUGACGAGUUCGACGGCCGGCAACUCGCCCGUGUCCACCGGCACGUCGCUGUCGUCCAGUCGACAGUCGCCGCCCGGCGGUGGAUCGUCGUACAUCAAGCCGAUACUGAGCGGCACGCCGCCACAACCGCCGUCUGCCGUGUACCUCCCGAGUUCCGGUGGUGGAGGUAAUACGCCUGGAUCGAUAUGGAGCCCCGCCAUCACGGAACCACCUCCGGGACUGGUGGACUUGCACCAUCACAGCACCAGGUCGUCUCCAGUAGGCUCCAGCGGAGGCUACUCGACCAACGGCAGCACUGGUGGCAACUGUUAUUCGUCUCAUCACCACCAUCACCAACCGCAUCAUCACCAUCCUCACCACCAUCACGCGGCGGCGCAUCAUCACCAGAACUACGGCGGUUACUACUCGAACAUGGACUAUCUGGCACCACCGCCGACAAUGUCAUCCCAUCAAACAGCCGAGAACGGUUCGGAGUCGGCUUGGGUGAAGCGCGAAGACGCGUCGUCGUGGUUUUACAACUCGGCGGGCUGGGAACGCAAGUAA